UGCUGCUCAUUAGCCACCCCGCACCUAUACCUACACCAACACAAGCGGCAGCAGCGAGUGUAUCUGUUCCGACAAAGCCAUAAAGCAUGGAGGACAUGUCGAAGGUGGCCGAGGUGCUCCCGGGGGAAGACAUCACCGAAGACGAGAUCAAGGAGCUCGGCGACAAGAUGCACGCCGAACUCCGGAUCACUGACCGCACCUAUCGGCUGCGGACGUACAAGCAGUGCUUCGUGGGCAAGGAUGCCGUCCAGUGGCUCAUCAAGGCGAGCAGCAGGGUUUCUUCCACCGAAGAGGCGGUGGCGUUGGGCAACCUCCUCAUGGACCUGGGCUACUUCCACCACGUCACCAGAGACCACCCCUUCCAAGACAGCGGCCUGUUUUACCGCUUCGCCGAGGAUGCCAAGGUCGGCGGAGUUGCAACCGACGAGUCCGGAAAGAAGGAUUCCUGGACUGCCCUGGCGUCCCGCCUCUUCCCCACCACCUCCGGGCAGGAGUCGAGGCAAGCCGACCUCGAGGCCGUCGUGUCGCGCGACGCCGACAUGAUCAACACGCUCGUGGAGAUCGGGGUGUCCCCCAUCGACCAGUACAACACGGAGCUUCUGGACAACGUGCACCCGGCGAACUGGGUCGACGCCGAGCCCGACGGGCCAGGUGUUUGUUUGCAAGGCUCCUUCCUUACCACAGCGAAGGACAGUGGGGGAGCCGUCAAGAUGUUAUUGUUGUGGGGGUUGUAG